AGGUUUUCUCUCGUCUUGCACGCCAAAUCUCCUCUAUCAAAUUCGUGUUAUUGAAAAGACAUUAUGCACGCCUUCACUACUCUUUUGGUCGCCCUUGCGGCAAUUGCUCUCUUGAUCUCCGGUAGCAACGCGGUCAAGGCUGGCGGUAAAUGCACUCCAAGCAAAGAUACCUACGCGUGCAAAGGCAAGGACUUUCUUCAAUGCAAUGCCGCUACAGGAAACUGGACUGUCCAAAACACUUGUCAAGAACCCUGUGCCAAUGUACCUCAAUAUGCGGCAUUCUGUAACGUAACCAAGAGUCUGAAGCCGACCGCCACUCGUUCCCGCAAGCCUACGCACAAGGCGACGCACAAGCCUACGCACAAGGCGACACACAAACCUACGCACAAGGCGACCCACAAGCCUACGCGCACCCGUAAAGCCUCCAAACCAACCAACUGAUGGUCUCACUUUCUGCGAUGGGGGCAACGGCGCCAGCAAGCUCUUGCAAUGCCAGAGUAGGAUAGCAAAUGGAUCCUCCAGAACAAGUGCCAUUGUGCUCUUCCUCAGUGGGCGAUGCGGCUCCUCAUGCGUAAGAGGAAGGUUGUGGGUUUGGAAUGUAACCUAUAUGACUUGUAUCUGUCUUAGAAAAUUGCAUGUGUAUCAAAUGUAUAUCAAAAGUAGAAAAUACAAAAGUAAAAAUGCGGCAAGCUGCAAGUUGCCCUUUCGCGGAA